UGUUAUCUCCUGCAGUCUUGGUCUAACAUGGCUAAAGUGGUGAUUUGUGUGUUUCUGGCAUCUCUGUUAGCCUUCUGUAGAUCGGCUCCAGUGGGUUUUCAUGGUGGUUCAGAUGCUCACUGUCCUCUGACGGUGAAGAUCCUGGAUGCCCUGAAAGGCACUCCCGCUGGAAAUGUAGUUCUGGAUGUGUAUCGCCGGGGUCAAGGUGGGACAUGGGAAAAAAUUGCCAGCGGGAAAGUGGAUGCGUCGGGUGAGGUGCACGAUUUGAUAACAGAGCAGGAAUUCACUCCUGGUGUGUAUCGGGUGGAGUUUGAUACUAAAACUUACUGGAAGGCUGAAGGUCUCACACCUUUCCAUGAAAUUGCUGAUGUGGUAUUCGAGGCUCAUUCGGAGGGUCAUCGUCAUUACACUCUAGCUCUUCUCCUGAGCCCCUUCUCAUACACUACAACAGCCGUGGUGUUCAAAGCACAUGAGUGAAAACACACAACAGCUUCACAAACUGAACAGACAAACAACACAACACUCACUCCAACCACACUGAUGAAAGACAUCCGACUCUGAAUAAGUUGUCAACUAUAAAGUCUUUUAAUUAUCAUUACAGAGCGUAAUGCAGUGAACAGACCGGUACAACAAGAAUAAAAUAAAAAUAAAAUCUGGAACCAGGAAUUGUACAUGUUAGACAAAGCAGCUGGGAUUUUCAGACAUUCUGCUUCUCACAUCGGUGUUAAAGCGAUACUUAGCCCAGAAAUGUAAAUGCUGUCAUCAUUUACUCACCUUCGAGUUGUUCCAAAUCUGUAUAAAUGUCUUUGUUCUGAUGAACGCAGAGAAAGAUAUCUGGAAAAAUUCCGAUUUUGCCCCCCAUAGUAGGAAAAAUUACUUCAUCUUUUUUUUGUUCUGUUGAACACAAAACACGACAUUUUGAAGAAUGUAGGACAGCAAACAGUUCUGGGGCACUUUUGACUACCAUUGUAUUUUUUCCUACUACGGUAGUCAAUGGGGGGGCAAAAUCUGUCUGGUUAUAAGCAUUCUUCCAAAUAUCUUUCUCUGCGUUCUACAGAACAAAGAAAUGUAUACAGAUUUGGAACAACUCGAAGGUGAGUAAAUGAUGACAGAAUUUUCGUUUUUGGGUGAAGUUUCCCUUUAACGUGGACCCUCCACAACAGAGAAACACAAAUAAAAAGGUCCUCAUGUUUUCAAAUGAAUGACUAGCAUAUUUUUUCAGAUGUUUAGACUUGGACGUUGUUCCAGAUUCAAAUAAAAAAAGAAAACAUAAAAUGUGCACCCAAUUUUAUUUUCCUAAAUACCGUCCACAAGCACCCCACUGCACAUCUCAAGGUGGAAGUGAAACUUAAAAAAAAAAAAAACUCAAGGCACAAAUAUGAAUACUGCAAAAAUUUAACACUCUACAUUACAGAUUUGUAAUGGUGAAUAAAUCAUCUUUUAAAAUUCUCUAUCUAUUGUUUCUGGAUAUAUUUAAAAGACACAGCGGAGGAUGAAGAGGGGCAAUUAUGAGGACAGGGUGGGUUUGGGGUGAAGCUGGAGAUGAGACGAAUCUAAACCAGCAUACAGAUGACAGCACUAAACAGCUUCCUCGAAACAUACGACUAACCACCGAAUCAAACGAACAAUCAUGCGGAGCAGUCUCACCGAUGCGCUUAUGAUGCGGAAAUUCUUCCGAUCGGGGGAAUGUGAUCUGAAGAAUCAAAGUGACAUUCAAUCUUCAUAUAUUGCAACCCACCUCAGUUUCAUGAUCAUUUAAGAACAACGUGUGUAAGCGUCACCUCAAAAACUUUCUUUCCACGCCUGAAAGAUUGCGGCAUAAGCUACUUUAUUACUGCCCGGUGCAUGUAAGAAGAAAAAUAAAACCGUGCACUGUGCUGGUGGAAUGAUAUUGUUUAUUUCAGCCACUGGAAACUAGUGCUCGUGUACACAAGUCUAUUUCCUCUCGUUGAGGUAAGUCUACACCCUUUCCGCAUUAAACACACGUAAGUGUAUACAUCUCAGCCAUUGCUUCCACGUGGGGCGUAAACCGAAAGUACAGUACGUCAACAUCCCAACUUUGCCGCCAAACUCUCUCUCGUCCGUACUUUAUGUUAUAGAAUAACAGUUGACAUUUUACAUAGAGCUAUUCUCACACAGACUGCAAAUAUGACGUAUACUCCCAACAACAUACAUGACAACCUCAGUUUGCACACUUUGAAUGUGGUUAAAUAGACUUGGUUUGAUGUCUUACGGAGCUACAUUUUACUGUACAAAGGGAAAGAAAAGCAGACUUUGGCACUAGUAACCUCCAUCUAAGUCUAACCUCUCGUUCCCCAUCUGUUCUUUCCUGAAUCAUCUUUCCGGUUGGUCAAACGGAUUUUUGUAGCCAAGAUGGAAUAAACGACUCGAGAAAUAAUGUUUAGAGUAUUUCAACUUCAAGACUUUUUUGUGUCAUAAACCAUGAUGCUGACGUAAUCUCGCUGCAGUUGUGUAAUUCCGAGUCGACACACACACGCACAAACACACACACACACACACACACACACACACACGAUACGAGAGGGUAAAAAACAGCAGUAUUAGGACAUAUUUGAUAACUUAAAAUACACAAAAUAUGAAAGCAACGGUACGCGUUAACAACUGCAAACCUUAAAAUUAUCUACAAAGGCAAACGUACUAACGAAAAGACCGUUGUCCAACAGCUUGUGAUGCUCAAAACUUUAACAGCAUAAAGUCGUCAUGGCCCAAGUGUACUUCAGAUGCCAUUCAAGAGCGACGACAACAUCGCUCUCUCAUUUUGGCCCUACUCGCGGUCCCUACCAGAGUGCAACCAGUAGUUCAGGAGCUAAACACACGCAAACACACAGGUUGAGACACACGCCAAACCCCGUCGAAAGCGUUUUGGCUUUAGCAGCUGCGAAACACGACCGGACGCCGGGCCUUUCUGCGACCUCAUAAACACCGCUCCGACUUUUCGGUUCUACCUCUGCUUCCUGUGCAACCAUGGAGUAGUUGAGACGGGAGAAUGAUCAUGUCAUCAACAAAAGCAACAAACAAACAUUCAAUGUGACAAAAAAUAAAAAUGAAGACAAAUCAUUAUGUAACAAAAAAUAAAUUAAGGCAUGCAGCAGGUAAUAUCAUCUGUAUGUCGUUUUCCAUUACUUCUGCAUUCUACAGUCAUCGCUCAGAUAUAGUUUUAGUCCAUCAGUCAAAUGUGCCCCACACAUUUCGAUAUAAAAUUAUAAUAAAAUUAACAAAACAACAAAUAGCUGCCAAAAAAGAAGUGUUUCCACUGGAAUCACAGGCGUUUUCUUUUAAGUGACAAAGCUUAAGCAUCACUUCAAAGGCCAGAUAUUUACACAGGGACUCUGGGCAUGCACUUCACAGCCUUCUGUAUAGCAACGGCAUUUAGGGGGGAAAACACCACCUAAGUGAACUGAUAUGCGAACAAAACGUAACUAAAGUUAUUGAAGGACAGAUUUAAAAUGCAUCCAUUUAAACUGCACAGACUCCCUCUAAAUUAUGUUUUCUCUUAAAAAAAAAGACAUAAAAACGUUUCACAUAACAUGACAACAUUUCUAUUGGCGUCAAGAGUGCUGCUGUAAUGUAAGACCAAGCUGUCUAAUGUUAGCACAAAGGACUGGAUUCGACAGAGUUUGAGAGCCUAUAAAAUUCAAUUAAGGCUUUGCAGUAAACAUCGGAUUUGUUGAUGCUGGCACUCCCCUCAGUUUUUUUAAAUGUGAUCUGAUUCCCUAAAGCCAGCAUGGACACAGGAACAUGCAAUUUAUCAAACGCAGUCACGCCACGCCACACACACCCUCCCACCCA